GUCAAAAUGACAAAACUAAAUAGAAUGCUGUACCGUUUUAUCGUGUUGUUGCGAAUAGUAUACUCUGUAGUUGCAGUGGAUUACUGUUCCUUGUGCGAAAAUAGAUCACAUACAUUGUGUUUAUAUCCUAAUAGUGGUCCAGGGCCUAAUUGUUUAGAAUAUAAAAAAGUAUCCUUAUCAAGUGAAGAAAAACAGUAUAUUGUAGAGAUACAUAAUGAUAUUCGAAAUUUCGUAGCGUCAGGCUUUGAAAAACAAGGAAAACUUGGAGGUCUACCACCUGCUGCUAAUAUGAUGCCAUUGGAAUGGGACGAGGAGUUAGCAACAAUAGCUCAAAGAUGGGUAGAUCAAUGUAUACCACUAAACGCAAGUGGACAACAUGACCUUUGCAGACAAUCGAGUCAAUACAAAUAUGUUGGCCAAAAUGCUGCGAGUUCAUUGCUAAAGAAGGAUGAAGAGACAGAAUUUGAUAUUUUCAUAUUAAAAUGGUAUCAAGCAGUAAAAAAUGUUAUUCCGUCCGAUAUACAAAAAUUUGAAGGAUUUUAUCGAGGAAGAAAAGUAAUAGGGCAUUAUUCCCAAAUGGUAUGGGCAAAUAGUAAAGCUAUUGGAUGUGGUGCUGCAAUAUAUAAAGCAAAACUGGGCAAUUUUUAUCACCAAAGGUUUAUUUGUAACUACGGUCCUGGAGGAAAUGUACAAGGGCAACCAAUUUACAUAAGAGGAAAACCUUGCUCAAAAUGUCCUAACCAUAAGUGCGAUAAUUUUCGAAAAAAUUUAUGUGAAAGUUUGGAAUUAUCAAACUACACAAGCAUUGAAAAUCAAACUCAUCUAGAUUUUGACGAAAUUGAGAAUAAGUUUAAUGACAGUACUUGUAUAAUAAUCCCAGGAGGCAGCACAUCGCAUGAAUGCAAAGAAAUUUUAGGAAACGGGUCUCUUACAAAAGAACCUACUGUAUGGAAAGUAAGUUCGGCGGUUACAACAGUAAAACGUACAAACCAGACGAAACAACCAGACAAUAAAUUUAUCAGUAAAUAUAAAAGAGCUUUGGGUAAAUGGUACCAAGGAGAAUGUAGAUGUGACAUCAUAUAUCGAUCAAAAUCGAUUAGUCUGUCUCCCUUCUUAUCCCUAAUACUUGUAUGUCUUAAUAUUGUAUUACGAAGUAAAUAG